GAUCUGCCCACCCCGUCGGUGGUAAUCGAUAAGACCUGGCCUCGAUAGCGCCCCCAAUAUCGUGCCUUACAACAACAAUAAUACUACCUAGACCCCCAGACAAGAGCACAUGUCUGUGGCCCUGCUGCAUACAUAAAACCCGACAACGAGGACCCAUCACUCUUGACACUGCGGCGUGAGGCAUUCCCAAUGUCGCUGUCCCCUUAUCAUGUCUUCCAGAGUCUCCAACUACUCAGGGGGGCGCACCAACGGCACCAGCGACAAUGAUUCCAACCCCCGACCCCGCGCCACCGGCCACAGCCACCACGGCUCGAGAUCCUCGCAGCCCGAUCCGCGAACUGCGCGCUCUCCGCCGUCUGCCUUCAUAAAUCCGGCCCAUAAGCGCACCGCGUCAGGCAACCCCCGUCCGGCCAGCAAGAGCUUCGAGGAACGGCGAACCGAGCGCACCACCAUCACCACCAAGGAGAAGCUAGUUGCUCGGGCUAAGAGCGUUGAACGCCGGUCCAAGGAUGCGCCUCCGCCAGAGAAGUGGAAGCCCAAGGAACCGCCCAAGUCUCGACAGCCAGAGACGAAGUUGAGAGAGCCAGUAAAACCUGAGCCACCGCCUGCAACGUGGGAACCUAUAGCCAGUCUAACGCCACACACCACCGCGCCGCUCGCCAUCCGCGUAUCCAUCCCCCCCCCAGCGUCGGACGCGCCAUUGUCGUUACAGCCGCAACCCCUCCAUGAGUUGUCUUUGGAGGCUCAGGAAGCCGCCAUCAUCGAAGACCUGUUAUUUGUUUUCAUGGGCUACGAGGGGCAAUAUAUCCGCUAUGACUAUUCCUACGAUCCCGACGAGGAACGGGACCGGCUGGCCGGGCCCGAUUUCAAGGUGCUCCCAGGUCUCGAUCCGAGUCUACAGGAUUUGACAAUGUCGAUGCUUAAGAUGGCAACUCACUACUCAGCCCUCGAGACUUUCGUGGAUGUACAGAGCAGGGACGAGUUCGGGGCCGUCAAUCACGCCUUAUGCGCCGCUAUUAGGAAAUUCUUACAGGACUAUCUGAUCAUGGUUGCUCAGCUGGAGACCCAGUUCCUGACGAACGAUACCUUCACUCUACAUCUCCUCAACGUCCAUACACUCCCCACGAGCCAAAUGAUGGACCAGCUUUACUCGUUAGCCCACGAACUUCUCAAGAGGAACGCGCUUCUCGACGAUGAAAGCUCAGAAGACUCCGACCCGGACGAUAUCGAGAACAUCCUGGAGAACCUGAAGCGAGGCGGGGAUCUCAUGCCUGGGAACAUGACGGGAAAGAAGGUCUGCAAGGGCGGCAUCGUUAUAGGUCUGAUCACUAAGAGGCUGGAGACCAUGUCCGGAGACCCUGCUGCGAGAUCAUUGCUCACGUCCUUGUUACGCGAUGCCAGUCGACCGUACAUGGCAAUGCUCAACGAGUGGUUGCACCACGGCGAAAUCGGAGAUCCCCACUCCGAAUUUCUCGUCAAGGAGCAAAAGAGCAUCAGGCGAGACAGGCUAGAGCAGGACUACACCGACGACUACUGGGAGAGGAGAUACACUAUCCGGGAACACGACAUCCCGCCGCAACUGCAGGGCGUUAAAGACAAGGUCCUGCUCGCAGGGAAGUAUCUCAACGUGGUCCGCGAGUGCGGAGGAGUCGAUGUCAGCAAAGUCACCCAGGACGUCCCCAAGUCCUUCGACGACCCACGGUUUUUGGACAACGUAAAUAAUGCCUAUGCUUACGCGAACGAGUCGCUUAUGAAGCUGCUCUUGACCACGCAUGCCCUUCCUACGAGGCUCCGAUCAUUAAAACACUACUUUUUCCUCGACCCGUCCGACUACUUCACUUACUUUAUGGAGCUCAGCUCAUCGGAAUUACGUAAGCCAGUCAAGUCUGUUAACGUCGUCAAGCUGCAGUCUCUCCUCGAUCUCGUGCUGCGGCAGCCGGGAAGCAUCGUGUCCCUAGACCCUUUCAAAGAAGACGUCCACGUCGAAAUGAACGAGGUCGGCCUCAUAAAGAUGUUACAGCGUGUCGUCAACAUCACGGGUAUCGAGCAAGGGGAGAUGUUACAACCCCUAAGCAACCAGCCGAUCGAGAACGACAAGAAUGCCGUGGGAUUUACCUCUCUUCAACUCGACUACACGGUGCCGUUUCCCGUGUCGCUAGUCAUAAGCCGGAAGACUGUCUGGCGAUACCAGGCGCUGUUCCGGUACCUAUUAUCGCUGAGAUACCUGGAAUCACAGCUAUCGACCACGUGGCAAACCCACAACACCGGCGUGGUCUGGUGCCACAAGUCAUCGGUCCGCCGCGUCGAGAUCUGGAAGCGGCGAGUAUGGACGCUGAGAGCCCGCAUGAUCGUUUUUGUCCAACAGCUUCUCUACUUCUGCACCCUCGAGGUCAUCGAGCCGAAUUGGCAAUCCCUCAUGGCGAGACUAAAGGCCAAGGACGGUAGUAUAGAUGGGUCGGGCAAACCAGAUCGAACUGUGGACGAACUGAUGCAGGACCAUGUGGAUUUCCUGGACACAUGCUUGAAGGGCUGCAUGCUCACCAACGGCAAGCUCAUCAGGAUUCAUUCGAAACUCAUGCAGACAUGCACUGUCUUCGCAGCUCACAUGAAUUGGCUGUCGCGCGAGCUUGAGAAGUCCGACCCAGACUUACUCGGUCCGAUCAAGCCGCCAAACAUGACGGAUAAGGAGUGGAAGCGGUUCCAAACGAUGAAGUCCCAGAAAUCGCAGAGCGACAGCGGGAAUAGUACGCUCCAGGACGAGGAGGCGCGGCUCAACCAACUGUUCGAGAUCAUCAAAAACUGGGAGAAGAAUUUUAGCCGGCACCUACAAAUCUUGCUAGAUGCCUUAAACCACUACGCAGCUACGGAGACGGUAGUCCUCCUAAGCCUGUGCGCGAGGUUGGCUACUGCGAAUCAAGGAACUGAAUACGCUGGUUUACGAACGGAGGAGGACGCCUCGACAUAAGGCAUCCGCUGCCAGGGUUGAAUUUACCGAUGUCGGGUUAAUAAUGUAUACGAGGUGUGGGGUUUUGCCGAGGGUUGAGAGUGAGUUUUCAUGAAUGGCGUUCAGGGAAUACGAAAACCGCGUUGGGAUCCGGCGGGCCUGUCAACUGCGUAGUGAAGAUACCUUGAUAUUAUCAAAUAGUAGCAUACUACUGGUCAACUCCCGACC